AUGAAGUAUAAUUUCUAACCCUAAUAAAAAAGCUUGGGUCUUCAUUGUUUUAUAGAGAUAUUCUUUAUUAGAAUGUAAUACCUAGGAUGGUUUCGUAGAGAAUAAGAGGCUUUAAACGAUUUUUCUAGGGUAUGUGCUUGA